AUGGAUAACGAUAUUCUGCGCGCAUGGCUCCUUAUUCACGAGCUCAGCGACCAGCUCGCUCAUAACCAGAAGAUAUCAAAUACAAUACAUUCACAGGCUGCUUCAAUAAAAGACCAGGCUGUGCAUGCCAGCUCAGGUUUUGCUUUGAGGCGGUUUAAUACCGACAUUUCGAAAGAGAUUUUCGACUCCGAAUUGGAGCGCCUGAACGCCCAAUUCAUUAUAGAGAACCAAACCCUACUUCACGAGAACAAGCAAUUUAGUAUCCUUCUCAAAGAAUAUGAAAGCACUAUGGAAACCAUUAUGUCCAAAUUUCGGAAUCAUGCGUUAGCAGCUCAGCAACACGAGCUUACCCUUACGCGCCACUAUGAAGGUUUACUUCUGGCCUGUGACUCCCAGAACCAGUAUACGGACCUAACUUCCGAAACUAAGACCGCAGUCGGCCUUCAGCGCCUCGCUCACACCCUUCGUGCUUUGCAUCGCUCAAUGUCUGGCGAAGAGCCCGAACUAAACGACGAUGGAACCCAAGACUCUCCGAUCGACAUUGAUGCUCUCCUUGAAACAUUAGACCAACAAGCGGAAUCCGAGAUUCGAGAAGAUUGGGCGUUGGAGCGCGAAAUUGAAAUUUCCCGCCUGGAAAAGGAGAAUGAGGAGCUGCGUAAGAUGCUAGGCAUCGACUCCGCCUCCUUGAGCGAAAAGGGCAUCGCACUUGAUCUCGAGCGAGAGGAGAGUGGUCGAAUCUCGACGUCACUUUCCGUUGCAUCUCGG